AUGCCAUCCCGGGUCCCAUCUCCCUCGCUCUCCGAACAGUUCUACUGCAACGACAGCUCCUCUAUCUCCUCCAUGUCCUCCCGUCGUCACCGCUACGACCACUCCUCCAUGUCCUCACGCUCCUCAACCUCACAAGACUGGUCCCGCCCGAGCUUCUCCUUCCCCCUUCCCCCUUCCCAGCCCCCUUCCAGCUCCCGGGGCCGCGGGCUCAGAAGCAAACCCUCCAAAUCCACUCUCACCAAGACCCUCUCCCCGCCACAACCAACCAUCCGCUCCCGAACGGCCAGCUUCGGCAAGCCCCGCCACCAUGCCACCCCCGUGGUACCUGCCCACGACGAAAUCGCCUUCCCGGUAGCCUACGAAGACGCAUGGGGCUCCCGCUACGAAUCGGCCGACGGGCGCACCGACCUCGACCGGGCGCGCAUCUUCAUCACGCGCUUUAUUUCGAUGUCGUCCAACCCGUGGGUGAACGCGGAGCUGCGGGACGUAAUCACCAACCGCGAGCUGUGCCGGACGGUCGCGCACGUGGCGUGGGCGGUGAUGCACCGCGUGUUUGGGAACAGACAUGCCGAUUUUGGGGUGACGCCGCUGGUGCAGGCUAUGCGGUUCAUCCUCAUCAAGGCGAAUAUUCCGGCCGAGGUGGAUGUGUGCGAGAAGGCGAGGCAGGUGGUGGAUUUCUUUUUUGAUCCGACGCUGCACAGGAACUUGGAGCCAUUGCCUUGUGAGGAGUUGGUGGUUUACAAGUAUCCUGUGGGCAGGUUGAGGGUUUGUAUUGUCGGUGGAGGACCGACGGGGUUGGCCAGCGCUAUUUCUCUGGCGGAGAAGGGAGGGGGGAUGAUUGAGGUGCAUGUGUGGGAGAGGAGGUGGGUGAGGGAUGAGAGGACUGGGGAGGUUGGAUAUCCCCCGAAUGCCAGGAGGAGAGAUCAGGUCGUGACACUGCAGGAUUCGGUCACGGAUCUGUUGACUCCCAAGUCCUUCCAGGCACUGUUUGCUGGACGGCCGGAGAGGGUCUGGCCUGGUUCGGCUAACAUCCAGAUUCGCAAGGUGGAGGAUCGGUUCCUCAAGAGAUGCCAGGAUGGCGACUUGCGCGGUCUGAUCCACCUCCAUGCCGAGGGCGUCACAAGGGAAGAGCUCAAGAACGGCAAGUGCGGUGACUUUCACGUUCUUUUGGGCACUGAUGGCGCCGCCUCUUGGGUCAGGCGUGACUACUUCCGCGGCUACGAGAAGGAGCGCGGUCGGUCUUAUGCCCUCGGCCUAGCCUUCGAUCGCGGCUCCGUCGGUGGUCUUCCCUGGUCUCAACCGCUCAACAUGUUCCUCACCCUCGGCCAAACCCGCUACCUCCUCAACGCCUCGGACCACGACGGCAAGGGGUACCUGAACAUGCAGCUGACGGAAGACGAAUGGCACAAGAUGGUCGGCGUGGACGGUGAACCUGUUCACUUCGGCUCCCCGGGUUGCUUCCGCCGCGAAGACGGAUCCAUCCCCGAGGGAUUCACCGAGAACCGCGUCUUCAAGCCUUCGGAACACCGCGACUCCUCCCUGUGGAAGUCCAUCGAAGACGGACUCAAGCUCUUCGGCUUCAAGGAGUCCGAAGUCAUCAACGUCGUGCGCAUCCCCAUCGUCGUGCAAGCCGUGCGCGAAGGCGUGCAACAGCUUCCGCUCGAAGACUCCCGCUUCGUACGUCGUCCGCAUGCCCUUGUCGCCGUGGCCGGAGACGCCGCCAUGACGGUGCACUUCUGGCCUGGCCGCGGUCUGAACUCGGGUAUCAAAGCCGGCAUUGCCUUUGGCGACGAACUCGUGCACGCCCUCAACCGCGGGGAGUUCGCCGGUCUUCCGCUGUCCUCGAUGAAGCACUACAACGAUUUCAUCCUCAAGCUGCAAGACCGCGAGCACGACAAGCGCAGCAUCCCCAUUCUCAACCAAUCCGGCACCCCGGAGACUCUCGACUGGCUGCUGAAACAAGCUUCCUCGGUCCCGGACAACGUCGCGAUCGACUGGCUCGUCGGCGCCAUGACGCAGAUCGCCGACCGUCUCGAACAGAGAGAAGAUUGGUACUUCAAGCCGGAGAUCAACGUCGAAGCGCAGAUCCGCAUCGUCCUCCGGCAGAUGCACAGCUUGACCCUCCGAGAAAUGGCGGUGUCCUUCCCCUGGCCCACACGUGAAAUGGCCGGUGCCGAAGUCUUGCCCUGCCGCUCUGCGAAGUCGGAGCCUCCUGAGACGAGCAAGAAGGCGGAGCAGAAGUGGCUGCAGCAGCUGUGGGGGAUCAUCAGCAAGGAACCGAGCGCUGAAAGGAGGCCCAGACUCCCUGGCUCGGCGUCGGGAGGGAGCAGUGGCCGGUUUGAAGCGCCGCGGUUUACGGUGCCCACUUUGAGGAGCAAGUCGCCGUCGCCGAAGCUGAGGAAUGGCGGUUUUGUUGAUGAGAAGCAGAGGCCGCCGAUGCCGAUGGGUCAUCCGUUGAUGGCGCAGCAGGGAAUGGGGCUGGGAAGUUCUUCUGGAUCGCCGCCGGGGAGUUUGAGGAGGUGCAAUGCCAGUAAGAGGGUGGGAAGCAUUAGCAGUUUGCCGGUGCCGUCGGAGUUCGGUGCCGUUGAGGCAGGAGCGAUGGGUGGACGGCAGAGAAGUGUUAGUGUCAACACGGGUGCACAGGGACAGGAAGCGCGCAGUGAUGGGGGAUUGACGAGAUUGAUGAGUGUCAAGAGGCAGCCGAACCAGACGAUGUUGUGUGAGGCUAUGGCUUUGGCACUGUUUGGUGUUGGCGAGUAG